GGGGCGCGUCGUCGUCACGUGACGCCUCGCCAGCCCAGCCCAGGUCACAUGGGCGGUGCGGCCGCUGCGUCAGUCACAGUCCUGGCUGCGGGAGUCGAGCCGUCGUCGUCGCCGCCGCCAGCUGACGGGGCGGAGAUACGGGCGCCAGGUCCCGGUCAGCCCGCCCCCGCCGCCUCCGUCGGCCGUUCCCGGCCCGGCCCGACCGUCAUGGAGCGGGGCGGGACCCCCGCCUGUUCCGUGUGAGGUGCGUCGUCGCCGCCGCCUGCGCUCCCCGAGACCUCGCCAGCCCCCGCCGCCGCCGCCGCCCGGAGUCCCUCGCCCUUGGCAGCUUGUCGCCGCCCCCCGGGCGGCAUCGAGUGCGCGUCCGGUGAAGUGCAGGCCCGGCGCCGCCGCCGCCGCCGCCGCCGCCGGGAGAUGGUUCGGGCCUAGCGGAGCCGGGACUGGAGCAACAUGAACCGUGAAGACCGGAAUGUGCUGCGUAUGAAAGAACGGGAAAGGCGGAAUCAGGAGAUACAGCAGGGUGAAGACCCCUUCCCGCCUAGCUCUCCUCUCUUUGCUGAGCCAUACAAAGUCACUAGCAAAGAAGAUAAGCUAUCAAGUCGUAUUCAGAGUAUGCUUGGAAACUACGAUGAAAUGAAGGAUUUCAUAGGUGACAGAUCUAUACCAAAGCUUGUUGCAAUUCCCAAGCCUACUGUACCACCGACAGCAGAUGAAAAAUCUAACCCAAAUUUCUUUGAGCAGAGACAUGGGAGCUCUCAUCAGAGUAGCAAAUGGACUCCGGUAGGACCUGCACCCAGCACUUCUCAGUCUCAGAAACGGUCCUCGGGUUUGCAGAGUGGACACAGUAGCCAGCGGACCACUGCAGGUGGCAGUGGUAGCACUAACAGUAGUAGCCAGAGGCAUGACCGUGACUCAUACAGCAGUGGUGGAAGCAGUAGCCGAAAAAAAGGCCAGCAUGGAUCAGAACACUCCAAAUCACGCUCUUCCAGUCCUGGAAAACCCCAGGCUGUUUCUUCUUUAAGCUCCAGUCAUUCCAGGUCUCAUGGGAAUGAUCACCAUAGCAAGGAACAUCAGCGUUCCAAAUCACCUCGGGAUGCUGAUGCAAGCUGGGAUUCUCCUUCCCGUGUACCUUUUUCCAGUGGGCAGCACUCAAGUCAGUCUUUCCCACCUUCAUUGAUGUCGAAGUCCAGUUCAAUGUUACAGAAACCCACUGCCUACGUGCGGCCCAUGGACGGACAGGAGUCCGUGGAACCAAAGCUGUCUUCUGAGCACUACAGCAGCCAGUCUCAUGGCAACAGUGUGGCUGAACUGAAGCCCAGCAGCAAAGCACAUCUCACCAAGCUGAAAAUCCCUUCCCAGCCACUGGAUGCAUCUGCUUCUGGUGAUGUGAGCUGUGUGGAUGAAAUUCUUAAAGAGAUGACGCAUUCAUGGCCUCCCCCUCUAACGGCUAUUCAUACACCAUGCAAAACAGAACCUUCCAAAUUUCCUUUUCCAACUAAGGAGUCUCAGCAGUCCAGCUUUGGCCCUGGAGAACAGAAAAGAUAUAACCCUUCUUCUAAAACCUCAAAUGGACAUCAGUCUAAAUCGAUGUUAAAAGAUGACCUAAAGCUGAGCAGCAGCGAGGACAGCGAUGGGGAGCAGGAUUGUGAUAAGACAAUGCCAAGGAGUACACCAGGAAGUAACUCUGAACCUUCACACCAUAAUAGUGAAGGAGCAGAUAACUCCAGGGAUGAUUCCAGCAGCCACAGCGGGUCUGAAAGCAGCUCUGGAUCGGACUCAGAGAGUGAAAGCAGUUCCAGCGACAGCGAGGCCAAUGAGCCCUCGCAGAGUGCAUCUCCGGAGCCUGAACCACCACCAACAAACAAAUGGCAACUUGACAAUUGGUUAAAUAAGGUGAACCCACACAAAGUGUCACCAGCUUCUUCUGUGGACAGUAACAUCCCAUCAUCUCAAGGCUAUAAAAAGGAAGGCCGGGAGCAGGGUGCUGGGAACAGCUACACUGAUCCAGGUGGACCGAAAGAAACGAGUUCUGCUACCCCCGGCCGGGACUCCAAAACUGUCCAAAAGGGAUCAGAAGGUGGGCGUGGGAGGCAGAAGUCUCCUGCACAGAGUGACAGUACAACACAGAGAAGAACUGUAGGCAAAAAACAACCCAAAAAGGCCGAGAAGGCAGCUGCUGAAGAGCCCCGGGGAGGUUUGAAGAUAGAAAGUGAAACCCCCGUAGACAUGGCCACCAGCAUGCCCUCCAGCAGACACAAGGCCGCCACCAAAGGCUCGCGGAAACCCAACAUAAAAAAGGAGUCCAAAUCCUCCCCUCGCCCUUCAGCAGAGAAAAAGAAAUACAAGUCAACCAGUAAAUCUUCCCAGAAAUCAAGGGAAAUCAUAGAAACAGAUACCUCAUCCUCAGACUCGGAUGAAAGCGAGAGCCUUCCUCCUUCCUCACAAACUCCUAAGUACCCCGAGAGUAACAGGACUCCUGUUAAGCCCUCCUCAGUGGAGGAAGAAGAUAGCUUUUUCCGGCAACGAAUGUUCUCUCCUAUGGAAGAGAAGGAACUUCUUUCACCCCUUAGUGAGCCUGAUGACAGGUACCCACUUAUUGUGAAGAUUGACCUGAAUCUCUUGACUAGAAUACCAGGAAAGCCUUACAAAGAAACAGAGCCACCCAAAGGGGAAAAGAAAAAUGUGCCAGAGAAGCACACAAGAGAGGCUCAGAAACAAGCCUCAGAAAAAGUUCCCAACAAAGGCAAGAGGAAACAUAAGAAUGAAGAGGAUAACCGAGCCAAUGAGAGCAAGAAACCCAAAACAGAGGACAAGAACUCUGCAGGCCACAAGCCAUCCAGCAACAGAGAGUCAGCUAAGCAGAGUGCGUCGAAAGAAAAGGAUUUGCUGCCUUCCCCUGCUGGGCCUGUUCCUUCAAAAGAUCCAAAAACAGAGCAUGGCUCUCGGAAGAGGACUAUUAGUCAGUCUUCUUCCUUAAAGUCAAGUAACAACAGCAACAAGGAGAACAGUGGCAGCAGCAGAAACAGUUCGUCUGCAUCAAAGCAGAAGAAAACCGAAGGGAAGACUUCCGGCAGCUCUAAGGAGGCCAAGGAAAAGGCUUCAAAUAGCUCCUCUAACUGUCCUACAUCUGCACCAGCCCCUGACGUUCCUAAGCCUCGGAGAACAAAGCUCGCCUUUGACGACAGAAAUUACUCAGCUGACCAUUAUCUACAAGAAGCAAAAAAGCUAAAGCACAAUGCAGAUGCAUUGUCCGACAGGUUUGAGAAAGCUGUAUACUACCUUGAUGCUGUGGUGUCUUUCAUUGAAUGUGGGAAUGCGUUAGAGAAAAAUGCUCAGGAAUCCAAAUCCCCGUUUCCCAUGUAUUCAGAGACGGUGGAGCUCAUUAAAUACACAAUGAAGCUAAAGAAUUACUUAGCACCAGAUGCCACAGCUGCAGAUAAAAGACUCACAGUACUUUGCCUGAGAUGCCAGUCGUUGCUGUACCUGAGGCUGUUCAAGCUGAAGAAGGAAAAUGCUCUCAAGUACUCGAAGACACUGACAGAGCACCUGAAGAAUUCUUACAAUAAUUCUCAAGCACCAUCACCUGGUUUGGGAAGCAAAGCUGUUGGGAUGCCUUCCCCUGUUUCUCCAAAGUUGUCACCAGGCAAUUCAGGAAAUUACUCUUCGGGGGCCAGUAGCGGUUCAGCAAGUGGUUCUUCGGUGACCAUUCCACACAGGAUCCACCAGAUGGCAGCCAGCUAUGUGCAGGUUACAUCCAACUUCCUCUACGCCACAGAGAUCUGGGACCAAGCCGAGCAGCUUUCCAAAGAACAAAAAGAAUUCUUUGCUGAACUGGACAAAGUGAUGGGCCCUCUCGUCUUCAACGCGAGCAUCAUGACCGACCUGGUGCGCUACACCCGGCAGGGGCUGCAUUGGCUACGCCAGGAUGCCAAGCUGGUGUCCUGAACUGAACACGUUCUCGUUGCCUCUGAUUUUCUCCACAACACUGUGUUCCAUCACGAAAGAAAACUGCCACACACGCCACCCCGUCGACACUCAGACUGAGGAGUGGCGUCCUCCUCCCCGUCCACGCGUUCCUGGUUUUUACAGCCCGGAGCCGGCGUGUCCACUGGCCCCUUCGGUCGUCCCCGUGUGAGAAAUUGUGUGAAUGCUUUUAAAUCUGCAGCGUGUUGAUCGGAUGGUUUCAGUGAGCUGUAAUAAGAUGGAAAUCCAGUUGCGAUUCAUAACUAAUCCAUUGAAAAUCUAUUUAUUUUAAUUUUUUUUAAGUUCCCACAUUGGGGCUAGUUUAAAACUUGGUUAUUUCCGCCUAUAAAUUUAUCCUGUUAAAUAUUUAGCAUAAAUUUAAUGUAAGCAUUUUUUAUUUAUGUACUUUGGGAGUUUUGUUACCUUACCAUACCUUCUUUGGUAGCUCUUCAAAGAGUCAUAGUUGUUGGUUCAUCUAAAAUAUGGACGUGUUCUUUCUAUACCUACUACCUGAGGAUAUUUCAAAUCUUAACUACAAUUUUAUUAAUGCAGAAUUUAUACUUAGUAUUAAGGAUAUUCUUCUAUAUGUGAAAAUCACUUAAAUAGGAAACAACAGCAUUCUUCAUGGGUGUAAAACGAAACCUGUAGGGUUUGGUGUGCAUUAUUCCUGGAACUGUGAAUGUGUGUUAAUAACACUAACAAUCACAAGGUGACUACAACGUGCAUUUAAUGCAUUACAGAAGGGGGCAGGCAGACCUUCUAGGAGAAGCAUAUAUGAAGGGUUUCAUAAAAGGACAAUCUCGAAAUUUAUGGAUUUUACUAAAACCAUGUGUUCUUUUUUGUUGCUAAUUAUUUGACACUUGAUUGGAACAAAGUAAAGGAUGAGCAAAGGAUGAGCAGACUUGAAAGUUGCUGCCUAUACCUUUUCCACUGAUGAUGUUUAAAGGGUAAAAUCUCUCUUCAGAAUUCUUGUUUCAAAAAUCUUCUUCCACACUCUGAUGGGGGCAGGCAGUGACUGGGACAGGAGUGAGCUGGAGCGCUGGUGUAUGUGUGUGUGUGUUCUACAACCUAAGAGUUCUGAUGCCUGAUAUACAGGUGAUGAGCCUCUCCUUUUAGACCUGUUUUGUAACUAGUCCCUUUGUAUUAUGAAGGCCCUCAUCAGUGGUACCUGUUUCUGAUAGGAUCAGAAAAUUCACACUAGAAAAGUACCUAACUUGGUUCAAUGGGAGCUCUCUUGGGAAGGGGUGGGGAGUCGGGGGUGUUGCUUAAAAAGCCAGCUCUGUAAGAGUUGUAUAUUCAAGUACCUUUUCCCUAAGGUGCAUAUAGGAGUCAAAGGUGAGAAAUACGUCCUCUAUCUUGUUUCUAGUGCCCCUAUCAUGUCUGGUGUGCCUUAUGAAUCUUACCUUUCAGCGAAGACUCCGGACUGUUUACAGGUGAAGUCUCACACUAGGACCAGGGCCCACACACGUGCGGCUGGUCUUCUGCAGUGACAAUGUUAGAUUCUCUCCCCUUUCAGACUCUGCCUGUAGGGCUGCUUAAAGAUUAAUUCUUUCAGAAAAGCUGAUGUUUUGGUACAUGACUUAGUCUGACCUAUUGAAUAAUGCUGCUUCAAAAAAUAGUUUGUCUUUCUCCCCAUUCCAAAAAUGAAUCCCUCCAAUCAGAAAAAAAGGAUUAUCCUGCUAUUUACAGAUGAUUGCUAAGGCUUGAGAUGGAAAAGAAGGGAUAGAAAAGUCCCCAAGCCCAGCUGGUGCAGUGGACUCUCUGUGUUAGUCUCUUUCACACUUCCUCUGAAGCUAGAGACCUUCCAUCGUCCUGUGGCCUCCUGUUUAUAGAGCUUUUUAACUGCUUUGGACUUCAAGUUGUUUUUGUGUAUCAUUCAAGGAUAGUUACCAAGUACAUUGACCUUAUUUCCCUUUAAGAAAUAGCCUCAGAUAUCUUUCCAACUUAAUCUUUGUGUGUUUUAGGAACAGUUUUCCUUAUGAGGACAACUGCUCAGUGGCCGCGGUAGUCAUUCAGGAAGAAACCCACCACUGUUGGCCCGUGGAUGUGUGCCCUGGCCUUCUCUGACCCCUCUGACCCCAGCUCCCUCUUCCGCAGAGAUGUUCUUGAGAAGGGAAGAAUGUCCUGAGCAUUAGACAGUCCGCAGCACAGCCUCCAGGCACCCUGUGUCCCAGUGUGUCCUGGUCCCUCAUAUGUCCUGAGAGGCAGCAGGAAAGUGUUCAACGCAACCCUGAUGUUCUGUUAAAGCAGAGGUCCCUGCAUGCUUUAUGGUGCUGCUUUAAGAUACUCUAAAACUGUGUCAAUUCUUAGAGAAUGAAUUUCUCAAGCUGUGGUGGGCUUUUCCCACCAGGUGGUAAUGGGCAAUGGAUCAAAGUCCUAUCCUAAAUAAUUGAGUUUUUAAGGUAAUGCAUUGUCUGUGGAAACACCACUCCCUCUCCUGAGUCCAUCCCGGAAGCUCUGUCUGUGUCUUUAUCGGCUCCAGCACGUGCUUUGGGCUCCACUGCAGGUGACCCUUCCUCUUCCUCAGUAGGUGUUUCAGUGUUCUCCAGCCAUUUACAACUGAAUUUGACAAGUGGCUAAAAACUCACUUAGUCUGAGACUUGUACUUAAUAUAUAGCUAACUCUAGAAUAGCAGCUCUUUACAACGCUCUGUCCACUGCUCUGUAGACCACACUUGUGUGCCAGCAGGCAGCAGCCCGCACCUCUGGGCACCUCCCGGGCAGCCAAGGAACAGACUGCAUGUAGGGGAAGCAGGGGCACUGUGGCCUUGCAGCCCGGGCUGGGCUGGGGGGGCUGCCCUCCAGGCCACGUGAGCUUCUACAGUCCAGCCUGCGCUGGAGAGCAUUCAGCCCAUUUCUUGCCUCAGUGCCACCUUUUUUGGGGCGAGUAGCCAAGAACUGACUUUAAAAGCAAUGAAUGCUUCCAAUAAAUGUAUGGUUGUAAGUCGCUGAGGAGCGGAGAAGGUUGACUGGCACCAGUUCUCCGGCACAAAAGCAUCCAGAGCAGCGUGUGCAUCUGCCCGCGCUCCGAAGGACACACUUAUGGCUUCGUUAGAUUCACUGUUGUUUUUAAUUGUUGUUUGUUUCCUCUAAAGAAAUGUUAAUCAGCCAGCUCAGACAGCAUCAUUUUGUGUUGAGUGACAGAAACCUUGGGAGAUGACACCUUUAUUGAAUGAGCUUGCGCAGCGAAGCAAGCGCUUACAAAAAGGCACCUGUUCUAAAGGAACGUUCCAGCCCUGGGGGCCGGCAGCACUCCGCGGGGGUUCAGAGCAGCUGGUGGGCUCUCCAGCCCGCGGUGCCUGGUGGUGCAGAGGAGAGGCACACUGUGCCUCUGCUGGGUGUGAGGGUAUGCAACUCUGGACUUUAAGACUAUGUACACAUGCUUUAUAUAUAUGUAUGUAUGUAUGUACGAAACAUGAAAUUAGUUUGUCAAAAAUGUGUGUGUUUAGUAUUUUAGCUUAGUGCAACUAUUUCCACAUUAUUUAUUGAAUUGAUCUAAGACACUUUCUUGUUGACACCUUGAAUCUUAACGUUCAAGGGUGCAAUGUGUAUUCCUUUUAGAUCUUUAAAGCUUAAUUACUAUGAUUUGUAGUAAAUUAACUUUUAAAAUAUAUUUGAGCCCUUUUGUAGAAUAAUAGGGCUCUUACAGGGUGGGAAAAAUUUUGCUUUUCCAGUUGUUAAUUGGACAAAACGGCCUCAUGUAUUUUGAAUUAUAGGAGUUUGCUUCUGGGUCUCAGGAACAUCUUCUGGGAAUGACUGAUUUUAGGCAGAUUGUGGUGAUGUUUUUAAAAACAAACAAAACCUAAGAAAAUUAAGAAUGCAUCUCAAAUCUAUAUAUAUACUCCUAUAACUCGUGUUCCCUAAUUACUUGGAACGUAGACUUCAUUUCAAUGUCAUAUAUCAGUGUGUUGGAGGCAGACUUUUUUCCAGUAAUAAAUAAUACUGCACAUUUAAGGUUGCCAUUCUGUAAGAUAACUAGAAGAGCUAAGUAUGGAAUGAGCUAGAAUAUGUAGUGACAGGAGGCCACAUUGGUCAUGUUUGUGGCAUGUCUCUCUCCUACUCAGCAAAGGAGAAAUUUAGUUCAGAUCCCCUAAACCCUAGAACAAGACUGGCAAGUGACAGGAAGCAAGUUUUAAUAGUUCGUAAAGCAGUUGCUGAUUCCAUUCAGUUGAACCCUAUGGUGAAUUAAAGAGAACUUACUGUCUUUAGAAAAGGGAAUGGAAAGACUACUUAAGUCUCUUCUUUUUGGUAGAAUUUGGGGACAGAGUAAGGCGUCAGAGUUAAGUCUAAACCAAGUCGUGUAGAUCUUGAAGCAUCACAAAAUAGUCCAACCAGUCCUCUCGUAGUGAAGAUGACUUUUGGGAAUGUCAGUAGUGACCUCUCCUUGCCACCAUUGCUCAGCUAAGCCUCCACUGCUGUUCUUUAAAAAGAAACAAAAAAGUUCUCUAAAUAAGGGGGGGGCUCCCACCCAGAAAUUCUAGUAAUACUCAGUUUUCACCUCUUCCUGCUUGCACAUGGAGCUGCUUUUCAGCUUGUCACCGCUGGAAUUUUCUCCCUGCUCUGUUCUUCUCUGGAAAAUAUGUAUCUCUUUGGAAAUGCUGCCUUUCAAGUCAAUGCCAUGAUCAUCCACACUGUCGACUUCGUCGUUGCUGUUCAGAAGUGUCCCUAUUUUACAACCUUACGCACACACCUGGCAAGCCAUUGGCGUGAGCAUUCAACAGUACUGGGGGCGGGUGGGGGCGGCCAGGGCAGGGCUCACAGCCGGGGCUGGGCUCACGGACGGAGCAGUGCCUGAGCCAGCACCGGCUUUGAGGACCAGACAUGGGGUUGGGAAGCACAGUAUGAAAAUUUCUUGUCUAGCCUCCGUUUUGAAUGGUUUUAAGAAAUUUUGUAUAUGGAGGGUGGAGAUGCUUAUAUAUUUAUUGAAAAUCCUUUUAUCUUAUUUGCAAUUAAAGUUAUUUGGUGAAUAAUGGUUUGAUAUUUGGGGAGGGUUUUGGAGGGGAGGUGGCAACGCCAAUAAAUUAGAAGCCUCGUUGAUUCUGCAGAAAGGUACUGUUAGUGUCCAAUUGGAUGCCUUUGUUUUGUACAUGACCCAGAUCUGUGUUUUACAUUUCUCUUAUCCGGAAUAUUUAGGCAUCUGACAUUUUCAACCAAAAUUUCAAUUAUAUACUGUGAUUUUUAUUUGUUGCAAUAUGUUAAAAUUUCAGAGGUACUUUGGGGUUCAAAAGCUAGGAUUUCUAAGUCAGUAUGUGCAUUUCACAUAAUAAAGCUGUUAAUGGUGAGCAAAGUAUUAUAUACUAACUAGAUUUUUCCACAUCUGUAUAGUAUAUUAUAUGUAUUUUGUGGUAUUGAGAUUAUAGAAAGUUUAGAGUGUCAAACAUGCGUUUAAUGUGUAUUUUUAAAUAAAUUUAUGGCAAUUAAAAUAUUUGGAGACAAGGGUAUCACA